CAAGGCUUGGUUACGUAUUUUCAGCUGAAGUUAUCCCGUACCAAGAACAAUUGAAUAGGGUCAAGAAAGUAGAAUUGUGACUGCACUGGUUGUUGACUGCCUCUGGAUCCUAUACUCCAGCCUAGAAGGAGCCAUACUUCUCUUAGUCUAAGACUCCAGGCUUCUUUGCUGUGAUCCCAGUCCAUAGUGCAUGUCUCAUGCAUGUACGUUGUUAGUUUAGUUUUAUUGCUCUUGAGUUGCUGUGCUAGCGCAUGCUAGUCAUACAUGCUACAUGCAUUGCAUUAUCACUCUGAUAUGACUAGUCUUCUGGUUUCUUUAUUAUCAUGUCACCAGCCGACGGUUUGCACUUUAGUUCUAGUUAUGUAUUCAGUGGGUAAAGAUCGUUAACACACAUAGCUACAAUGUCAAUCAAAGUAGUGUUUUAUUGUACACAGGUACGACAAUGGAGGUGUGCAUUGACUCUGUGGAAUCAGCCGUCAAUGCUGAAAUGGGUGGAGCCAACAGACUGGAACUGUGUGCAUGUCUGGGGGAGGGUGGGACCACACCCACUUUAGGGAUGCUCCGUAUUGUCAAAAAGUCCACCAAGCUACCCGUAUUCGUAAUGAUUAGACCAAGAGGUGGAGACUUCCUCUAUUCGAAUAACGAAUUUCGAAUUAUGAAAGAAGAUAUUCGAAUUCUUAAAGAAGGUGGUUCUGAUGGAUUUGUGUUUGGGAUUCUAACACCUGAAGGUUGCAUCGAUGCAAAGAGAGUUGAAGAACUUAUCUCAUUAUCUCGACCAUUACCAGUAACUUUCCAUCGAGCAUUCGAUAUGAUCAAAGAACCAAGUGACUGUCUGGAGACAUUGAUACAACUAGGUGUGGAUCGAUUACUUACCAGUGGAUGUGAGCAAAAUGCUUUCAAGGGAGCCCCUCUAAUUAAAUCACUCGUUAAGCAGGCUAACGGUCAGAUAUCUAUCAUGCCAGGUGGUGGAAUCACUGAGGAUAAUUUGGAACAAAUUUUGACUGAAACUGGAGUUAACGAAUUUCAUUGUUCUGCCCGUGUGUCUGUUGAAUCGAGAAUGGUGUAUCGGAAUGAGCAAGUGUGUAUGGGAACCAGUCAUGGAAGUUCAGAGUUUAGCUUAAAGACUACUGGAGUUGAUAGAGUUAAAAGACUUGUAGCAAUUGCAUCUCAUGGUACUCGUUAAUUUUACAUUCAUUGUUGAAUAAAAUUGAUAACAAGUUCAACAAACAUA